CUGGCACGCACUACAAAUCGAAGGCUCAUUCACUCUCCACAACCCACCCAGAGUUUCUCCACUCCGUCUCCACUGCAGCUCACAACUGCCAUCAAUCAGUACCCUGCUCACUCACAUCCCUCCAAUCUAUCUAUCUUCCAGACACUAUCGAUGGCUACCGUGACUGCUUCACACUUUGUAUCAAGAAGCUCACAUGUAUCCAGUGGAGCAACUUUGGGAUCAGAAAAUAAAACAAACUUGGCUCAAAUAGCCCUAAGGAACCAUACUGUGGCUCACAAUGGCUUGAGAUCUUUAAGCAUGCUGGACAUGCUUGAAAAGAAAACGAAAGCCAGGCAAGCCCGGAGAAAAGAGGUCAAAACUCAGAGUAACAGGCCUUCGGGAACUAUCAUAUGUGGAAUUGGGAUGAACAUAAUUUUUGUGGCAGCCGAGGUGGGCCCAUGGAGCAAAACUGGUGGGCUUGGAGAUGUUCUUGGUGGGCUACCACCAGCCAUGGCAGCUAAUGGGCAUCGGGUUAUGACGGUGUCACCACGCUAUGACCAGUACAAGGAUGCUUGGGAUACUUGUGUGAUUGUGGAGAUAAGAGUUGGAGACACAAUUGAGACUGUUCGCUUCUUCCACUGCUAUAAACGUGGAGUUGAUCGUGUUUUUGUUGAUCAUCCAAUAUUCCUGGAGAAGGUUUGGGGAAAAACUGGAGCAAAGGUCUAUGGCCCUAAGGCAGGAAACGAUUACCAGGACAACCAACUUCGAUUUAGCUUGUUGUGCCUAGCAGCUCUAGAGGCACCUAGAGUUUUGAACUUAAACAGCAAUAAAUAUUUCUCUGGACCAUAUGGUGAGGAUGUUGUCUUCGUUGCCAAUGAUUGGCACACUGCUCCCCUUCCAUGCUACCUAAAAAGUAUCUAUCAAUCCAGGGGAAUGUACACAACCGCCAAGGUCGUUUUCUGCAUACACAACAUUGCGUACCAGGGCAGAUUUGCCUUCUCAGACUUCGCACUUCUGAAUCUGCCUGACCAAUUUAAGAGCUCUUUUGAUUUUAUUGACGGGUAUGAAAAGCCUGUCAAGGGAAGGAAAAUUAACUGGAUGAAAGCUGGAAUAUUGGAAUCAGAUAGGGUUUUAACCGUGAGCCCCUAUUAUGCCCAAGAACUUGUUUCUAGUGUUGAAAAAGGUGUGGAAUUGGAUACCAUCAUUCGUAAGACUGGCUGCACUGGCAUUGUGAAUGGCAUGGAUACCCAGGAGUGGAAUCCAGCAAUGGAUAAGUACAUUGAUGUCAACUUUGACAUCACAACUGUUAUGGAAGCAAAACCUCUCUUGAAGGAAGCUCUUCAAGCAGAAGUUGGGUUGCCUGUGGACAGGAAUAUUCCUCUGAUUGGUUUCAUUGGUAGACUAGAAGAGCAGAAAGGUUCAGAUAUUCUAGUAGCUGCCAUUCCAAAAUUCAUCAAUAUGAAUGUUCAGAUAGUAAUCCUGGGAACUGGCAAAAAGAAUUUUGAGGAGCAGAUUGAACAGCUCGAGAUAUUGUACCCUGAGAAGGCUAGGGGUAUAGCAAAAUUCAAUGUUCCCUUGGCCCACAAGAUAAUUGCUUCAGCUGAUUUCAUGUUGAUACCAAGUAGAUUUGAACCUUGUGGUCUCAUUCAGUUGCACGCUAUGCGAUAUGGAACGCCGUGUAUCUGUCCCUUGACUGGUGGAUUGGCCGACACUGUCAAAGAUGGUUAUACAGGAUUCCAUAUGGAUGCUUUCAGUGUUGAAUGUGACACUGUUGACCCAGCGGAUGUAAUUAAGAUUGUGACUACUGUGGCGAGAGCCCUUGCGAACUUUGGUACCCUUGCCCUAGCAGAGAUGAUCAGAAAUUGUAUGAUACAAGACUUUUCAUGGAAGGGCCCUGCCAAGAAUUGGGAACUGAUACUACUGAGCUUAGGCGUUUCCGGCAGUGAACCUGGAAUUGAAGGGGACGAGAUCGCCCCACUUGCAAAGGAAAAUGUUGCCACACCAUGAGGGCUGUGAUAUUAUCAGCAUGGAACUUUUGGUCCGUUUAGUAUAGUUAAUAUAUAUAUAGCGUGUCAAGUGGAGUGGAGUGCAUGUGGGAAAAACUGUUUGCAUGGGGUGAUGUUGAAGGCUGACCUGACCCGGUGGACCGGAGGUGUGCAUCCAUAAUACAGCUAACUAACAUAUGCACAAACAAUUUAUCACUUAAGGUCCAGAGGAGUGUGGGUUUUUUUUGGUCUCUCUAAGCAUCAAUGUAAAGUGUAUAAUAAUCAUAUUCAUAGAAAAUUUCUUGUUAAGAGUGUAGUGUUUCUUUCUCCAGCUGCAUUCCUAAAUUGUACACCUUGUUAUCAAAUUCCAUUCCAUCAAUCCCCCGGGCUCCCACUUCCCAGAUUUUCACAUUUUGGGUGCACAAAUAGAUAGGCUACUUAAUUUAAGCUAUACACAGCUUCUUGGUUCUCAAAUGUCGACACAAUGAAUGCUACACCAAGGAUCCUUAAUUUGGUUUCU